CAAUUUCCAACGCCAUGUUUCGCCUGAAACACCACGGGAUUCUCUGGGCCUGUAGGCAGGCGCAGUCCCAUCGCGCAUUUGCAAUUCGUUUCGUGUCUACAAAGCCCUACGAUCCACUCCGGAUUCUCUUCUGCGGAUCGGAUGAGUUCAGUAUCGCUUCACUGAAAGCUCUCCAUAAGGAGCACUUACUAAAUCCGGAUCGUAUCGCUUCGAUUGAUGUUGUCUGCAGGCCAGGAAAAAAGGUUGGAAGGGGAUUGAAAGUCGUACGAGAGGUCCCCAUCAAGGCGGCCGCAUCCAAAUUGUCACUUCCGAUUCACGAGAUAGAUACCUUUAAAGGAUGGACGCCACCUCUGCCUUCUGGAGAACCGAUCAACCUGGUAGUGGCCGUGUCGUUCGGGCUGUUUGUGCCUCGACGAAUUCUUACUUCAGCAAAAUAUGGAGGGCUAAAUGUCCAUCCUUCGAUGCUUCCAUUUUAUCAUGGGCCAGCACCGUUACAUCAUGUUCUCAUGGAUGGUAGAACCACGACCGGCGUUACGCUUCAGACAAUGCAUCAUCAGCACUUCGAUCGUGGCGUCGUCCUCCAGCAGACAUCACCCCCCGGCCUCGAGAUACCGGAUCCAGAUUCAUGUACAAUUUCGCAACUUCUAGAUGUCGUUACGCCCAAGGGAGCAGAUGUUUUGCUUGAUGGUGUCAGACAGGGGCUUUUUGUGCCUCCAUUGGAAAACCGAGGAUUUAGCGAUUUGCCGCUUAAUGAAGCGCCACAUGCGGCUAAGAUCACACCAGAAGAUCGGCAUAUCAGCUGGUCAGAGUGGUCAUGGCAGAUUAUUAACAGGAGGAAUCGGGUGAUAGGCCCAUUAUGGGGCAAGGCUUACUUACCAGAUAAUCGGCCCGGCUCGACUUCAGGAUCAAGGAAGAGAUUGAUAUUCGCGGAGAUGGAAGAAGUUCAGCCACUGGAAGGCUGCACAGAGUUCGCUUCGUCACCGGGCUGGCCAUUUGUGGCUAGCUCUCUGCAGACUGAGGGUAAAAGGGAAGAGAAGCUCUACGUCUGGACUUCUGACAAGAAGCUAAUCCAUCUACGCCGAAUGAUCGUGGAAGGGGCGCCAAAUACGAACGCUGCUCGGGCCGCACGCAAAGCUGGAUUGUUGGGUGACAAAGUAGUCCGUACGGACGAUUUCGAGUUCCGGGGCUUCCACGAUACUCUUCUAUGAGAUACUUGUACUACCAAAAAAUACUGAUGAUAUCGAAUGCAGUCUUCGAAGAGAAAGACCUCGCAUUGGCGAAAUUCUAUCAACAAAGAGUUUAUUUAAUGGCAAACCCGGCGUCUGUCAGAGUUAGCUAACUAUAAGCGAUGAUAUCCUGGCAGUACUCACCAAUCUGUAUCGCUUGUCCCGUCAUGGAUGAGUUCCGAGCAAGCAUGAUGUACGCAUUGGCCGUGUCUUCAAGCUCAGGCUGAUGUGUUUAUCAGCAUCAGCAUUCGUCUUAUUAACUUUCAAGUGAUGAAAGUACUCACGACUUUUUUGAGGACAGAUAUAUCCUUAUAGCCCUGGAUCUUCUCGGCAGGGAAUCGGUUGCCCUGUUGAGACAUUUUAGCUUCCACUCGCACAAUGCGUAUAUCUCAUGGUGACAACUUACCCAUUCCGUCAACAAAAGACCAGGAAGAACAGAGUUAACCCGGACCUUGCUUCCCUGGGUCUGCGC